AGUCGUGCGGGGCAGCAGGAGGAGCCCUAAAACAGUUGUCAAGUUGGGCCAAAACUUCUGCUUUCUUCCUAGGGCAACAGUUCCACAUGUUCCCCUCCGUUUCCCUUGAGACCCGGUGGGGAAGGAGGAGAGAGAGAGGAAGAGGAGGAGGCGUGCAAAGUUCGCCUCAAGUCCUGCUCACAUCGGCGCGCCGACACUCUCUAAAGCGCACACGGGACAAACAUGACGCCGCUCGGGACGGUGCUCCUUACCGCGUUGCUAUGGCAAUGCGGCUACUCGCAGCAAAGAGGGUUAUUCCCGGCUGUUUUGAACUUGGCAUCCAUGGCAGAUAUUACAACCAAUGCUACGUGCGGGCUGUCUGGACCGGAGAUGUUCUGUAAACUAGUGGAACAUGUCCCAGGUCAGCCUGUAAGAAACCCACAAUGUCGAAUCUGCUAUCAGAACAGUGCGAAACCAUACGAGCGUCACCCUAUAGAAUAUGCCAUUGAUGGGACGAACCGUUGGUGGCAGAGUCCCUCCAUCAAGAAUGGAAUGGAGUACCACUAUGUGACCAUAACACUGGACUUGAAACAGGUUUUCCAGAUAGCCUACGUGAUCAUUAAGGCUGCCAACUCGCCUCGACCUGGUAACUGGAUCUUGGAGCGUUCAAUAGACGGUUUGACCUAUGAACCGUGGCAGUUCUUCGCCCUCACAGAGACGGAAUGUCUGACCAGAUUCAACAUGAAUCCAAGGACAGGACCUCCGUCGUAUACUAGAGAUGAUGAAGUUAUCUGCACAUCUUUCUAUUCCAAGAUCCACCCAUUGGAGAAUGGAGAGAUCCACACUUCUUUAAUCAAUGGUCGUCCAAGUGCGGAUGACCCUUCCCCGACCCUGCUGAACUUCACCUCAGCACGCUACAUCAGGCUGGUCUUUCAGAGGAUCCGAACGCUCAACGCGGACCUCAUGACGCUGACGCUGCAUGACCCCAAAGAUAUCGAUCCCAUUGUGACAAGACGGUACUACUACUCCAUUAAGGAUAUUUCGGUUGGAGGGAUGUGCAUCUGUUAUGGUCACGCAAAGGCCUGUCCACUCAACACUGUUACCAAGAAGUUUAGCUGCGAAUGUGAACACAACACAUGCGGGGAGAGUUGCGAUCGUUGUUGCCCUGGUUACCACCAACAAGCCUGGAUGGCUGGAACCUUCGUCACUCGACACAUUUGUGAGAAGUGUAACUGCCACGGGAAGGCUGAGGAAUGCUACUUUAAUCAGACUGUCGCAGACCUUUCGCUCAGCCUGGAUGUCCACGGCCAGUACCGAGGGGGCGGAGUGUGUAUUUCAUGCCGUGACAACACAGAUGGGAUCAACUGUCAGAGCUGUGUUGCCGGCUACUACAGACCUGCCGGUGUGAACGCUGAGGAGGAAAACCCCUGCAUCCCAUGCUCAUGCGACUCACAUGGGUCUGAUGGCCAGUCCUGUGUUGAGGACUCAAGCCGGGCGACACCUUCCCAGCCACCAGGGUCAUGCCGUUGUAAGGAAGGGUUUGGCGGUCUUCGAUGUGACAGGUGUGCAAUUGGUUACAUGGGCUACCCAGACUGUCAGCCAUGUAACUGCAGCAUCGAGGGAAGCAGCAACAGUGACCCGUGCACUUCACCCUGCAUGUGCAAGGAGAAUGUGGAGGGAGAGAAUUGUAGCCGCUGCAAAGUGGGCUUCUACAAUCUCCAGCGCGACAAUCCGCGCGGAUGCGAGAAAUGCUCGUGCAUGGGCGUAGCGAGCCAGUGCUCUGCCUCCACGUGGGUUUAUCAGAAUGAGAGCACACUGACUGGCUGGUACCUGAGUGGAGAUUCAGGACGGAGGGUGUGGCCUAUUCACAGAGAGACGCCUCAAUAUCUAAGUGUCCACCAUGGCGAUGUUGUGGAGAACCUCGGCUCUGCUUACUACUGGAAUGCACCUGAAUCGUACCUGGGAAACAAGAUACCAGCCUAUGGAGGGUCAAUCGUCUACACUGUCUCUUACACUAUAGAUCAGCAGGAAAAGAUUAUUAGAGUCACUUCAGAACCAGACUUCAUCAUUGAGGGCGGCGGAAUCAAGAUUAUGGACAGACGGUACGGACUACCUGUAUACCCAUCCUCGCCGAGCACCAAUCACAUCGCUCUCCUUCCGGAGAACUUCCUGGUUUUCGAGACUGCUGAGCCAAUCAGCCGCAGGGACUUUUUGACUGUGUUGGCAAACAUGACCAGAAUAAUGGUCAGAGCCUCUUACUGUACGGAACCCAGUGCUGUGUACAGACUUCACUUAUUCUCGAUGCUGGUAGGUUAUCCCAAUGCCAAAGGAGAGAAGACAGCAUCAGCUGUUGAAAUGUGCUCUUGUCCACCCGGAUAUGCCGGAACAUCCUGUGAGGCUUGUGUUGCUGGAUUCCGAAGAGUGGACGGGCAGCUCUACAACGGUGUGUGUGAAGUGUGUCAUUGUCAUGGGCAUGCCACAGAAUGCCACGAGGUCACAGGGCACUGCCUGGACUGUUCCCACCACACCACAGGCCCCCACUGUGACACCUGCCAACGUGGUUAUUACGGCGUUGCCACCCACGGGUCAGCCGCAGAUUGUCAGCCCUGUACCUGCCCUCUCGGUUUGCCAAGUAACAAUUUCAGCCCGACCUGCCACAUUGGUGAGGGAGGAAAUCUGCUGUGUGAUCAGUGUCAGCUUGGAUACACCGGACCAAGAUGUGCCAGGUGUUCCAAUGGGUAUUACGGAAAACCCGAUGUCCCGGGAGACUCCUGCCGGCCCUGUGAUUGCCACGGUAACCUGGACCUGUCUACCCCGGGCAGCUGUGAUCCAAUCACAGGCCAGUGUCUGCACUGUCGACAUGGUUACAGCGGCGUGGCUUGCGGGAGUUGCGACGACGGUUUCUUUGGAGACGCCAUCAUUGCAAAGAACUGCCAGCCCUGUCGGUGCCAUAUUAAUGGCUCCGUUUCGGAAGUCUGCAAUAAGGAAAGCGGGCGAUGCCAGUGCAGGGAAAAUGUGGUUGGACGUCAGUGUGACGACUGCAUGGCUCAGACAUUCGGACUCGCUACAGGUGGGCAGUGUGUGCCGUGUCACUGUAACUCCUUUGGCUCCAAGUCGUUUGACUGCGAUGAAAACGGUCAGUGCCGGUGCCAGCCGGGUGUCACCGGACCUAAAUGUGAUCGCUGCUCAAGAGGAUUCUUCAACUUCCAGGAAGGAGGCUGCACACCGUGUCUCUGCAGCCAUGUGGGCAACAACUGCGACGCCAACACAGGACAGUGCAUCUGUCCUCCAAACACACUUGGUGAGAGGUGCGACCGCUGUGCCCCCAACCACUGGGGCCACGAUAUCACGACUGGAUGCAAGGAAUGUGGCUGUAAUUUGGUGGGCUCGGUGCGACAGGAGUGUAACGUCAACACCGGCUGCUGCGUCUGCCACGACUCAUUUCGAGGAGAGAAAUGCGAUGAAUGUCAGCUGGGAUACCGAGACUUUCCCCAGUGCACCACAUGCGAAUGUAACAUCUCAGGAUCAGAACUCGAGACUUGUGACCUAGAACGAGGAGUUUGUGCCUGCGCAGAUCGAACUGGGAAGUGCAGCUGCAAGGAAAAUGUGAUGGGAGACAACUGUGACCGUUGCAAGCCGAACACAUUCGGAUUGUCACUGCAAAAUCCGCUUGGCUGCAGCAAAUGUUACUGUUACGGGCUGACACACUCCUGCACUGAGUCACAGGGACUCAUCAGGAUGAGGUUAACAUUGAAACCAGAACAGACAGUACUUCCCCUGGUGGAUAAAAACAGCAUUGUUGAGACAAGAACAGGAGUGAGCUUCAAACACCCAGAGAUCCUCGCACAUGCUGAUCUGGUCACCACAGUUCUUUCUGAGCCCUACUACUGGAAACUACCACAACAGUUCCGAGGCUCCAUGAUCACAGCAUACGGUGGGAAGUUGAUGUAUGCAGUGUACUAUGAGGCUAGAGAUGAAAUUGGACCCUCCUCAUACGAGCCCCAGGUUAUCAUUAAGGGCGGCGCUAACCACAACAUCGUGAUGACACGCCACGUAGUGGGACUCCAGAUUGGUCAGCUCACACGGCACGAGAUAGACAUGACAGAGCAUGAGUGGAGGCAUGCAGAUGGCCGGGCAAUGACACGGCAGGACUUCAUGGAUGUUUUAUUCUAUGUGGACUACAUCCUCAUCAAGGCUUCACAUGGCAGCCAGAUGCGAAACAGCCAUAUUUCAGAGAUAAGUCUCACUGUGGCAGAAGAAGGUACACCCACGGGGGAGAGUGUGAAAGCCUACCAAAUAGAAAAAUGCGAAUGUCCAAUUGGAUACUCCGGGCUAUCCUGCGAGGAAUGCGGAGCAGGUUUCUACCGCCUUCGCAGCGGCUCGCACACAUCUGCUCCGGCCUCCAGAGUCCCAACUGCUGCGGGCAUGGGCAGUUGUGUUCAGUGCCAGUGCAGCGGCCACUCGACCACCUGUGACCCUGACACAUCCAUAUGCCAGAACUGUCAAGACAACACAGAGGGGGAUCACUGUGAGCGAUGUGUUCCGGGAUUCUACGGUCUGGUCCGAGGAUUCCAUGAUGAUUGCAGACCUUGCGCCUGCCCCCUUACGACACCUGGGAACAAUUUUAGUCCAACGUGCGUCACCGAAGGGUAUGAUGACUACCGUUGUACGUCUUGUCCUGAGGGAUACGAGGGAAAAUACUGUGAAAGAUGUUCCACUGGUUACUAUGGUAACCCUCAGAUACCUGGCGGUCGAUGCGAGGAGUCGUGUGACGACGAGUGCUCAGGUUUGCUGCUCAAUGACAUGGACCGCCUGUAUCGCAUCGUCACUGAAAUCACGCUGACCACACCCCUGCCGCCACCGUACAAGAUCCUGUACCGCUUUGAGAACAUGACUGAAGAACUCAAGCACAUGCUGUCGCCUCAGAAAGCUCCGGAGAGAUUACUGCAGCUGGCCGACUCCAACUUGGGAUCGCUGGUUGUUGAGAUGGACCAGCUACACAGCAGGGCUACGAAAGUAUCUGCCGACGGAGAACAAGUGGAAGAUGACGCCGACAGAAUUCAGACGCGAGCUGAGGUCCUGGAGAAGUUCAUCAGGGACACGCUGCUGGGAGCUCAAGACCUUCAGUCCAAAGCGGACGAGUUGAACCGCAUGCUGGCGCGCAAAGACGGGGCGCCGGAAAAAGGUUUGAAGGAGACGAAGGAGGAGAUUCAAACCAUGCUGGCCGAGAUGAGAAAACGACAGCUGGGAGACAGGCAGAUCAUUGCCGAGGAGGAGAUGGAUCUGGCAGAGGAGCUGUUCCAGAAAGUGAAGAGGAUGUUUGGUGGUCCUCAUCAGGCCACAGAAGACCUAAAAGCAGAGAUAAAAGGCAAGCUGUCAGACCAUCAGAGCAAACUUCAGGAGGCCCAGGAUCUGCUUUACUCUGCUCGUGAGAAGACGAGAUUGGCUGGCACGUUGGCUGGGCAAAACCAAGCCAACCUCACAUUCUUGGAGAGGAAGCAUGCUGCCGUCCUUGGGGUGAAACAAGAAGCACAAAAGGUCCUGGGGGAAGGAGAAACCCUUUUGGAUGACGCCAACCAGCUUUCAGACGUCAUCAAUAAAGAGUUAGAGGAUGCGCAGGAGAUGAGCAAAGACCUUGGUCCUCUUAACGAGCAGCUGCACGACAAAGUCCGGGACCUCACCGACGGUUUGAGUGGGGGCGGGCUCGCUCAUCGCGUGCACGCCGCUGAGGAUCACGCCCAACAACUGAAUGAAUCCGCUGCAAUUUUGGACGGAAUCUUGGCCGAAGCGAAGAAUCUCUCCUUCAACGCGACAGCCGCCUUCAAAGCAUAUACAAACAUUAAAGCCAAUGUUGACGAAGCAGAGAAAGAGGCGAAGAUGGCCAAGCAGAGGGUGUCAGAAGCGCUGACAAUGGCUUUAGGCCCAGAUAUCCCAAUGAAGGAGGAAGCUCAAAGUGCCCUUCAGAAGAGUCUCAAGCUGCUCAACCAGGCUAAGCAACUCCAUAAUGAUGUCAAAGACAAUGCCGCGACUGUCUCUGGACUAAAGGGCAGAGUUAAAGCAUCAAGAGACCGAACCAAAGACCUGCUCAAAGCUAUCAAUGGAACCAUGACAACACUCAGCACUAUUCCCAAUGACACAGCGGCCAAGCUGGCGGCUACAAAAGCUGUGGCCGCCGAGGCAAACGCUACAGCCAUCGACGUCCUGGAGCGCCUCGCGGUCUUGAACCUUCAGGUCAGCGGCAUACAGAAGAACUUCAGCCAGUUGGCCGACACGGUCAACACCGCUAACAAAAUGAUCCAAGACCCGGAGAAAAACAUCCACGCGGCCGGAGCUAAAGUGAAGGAUUUAGAGGACGAAGCUGAUCGGCUGAUGGAGAAGCUAAAGCCGAUCAAAAAGCUGGAGGACAACUUGAGGCGAAACAUCUCACAGAUCAAGGAACUGAUCAACCAAGCCAGGAAACAAGCUAACUCCAUCAAAGUGUCGGUUUCGUCAGGUGGUGACUGUUUGCGAAGUUACCGCCCUGACAUCAGGAAGGGCAGGUACAACACCAUCAUUCUUCACGUCAAAACCACAACGCCUGAUAAUCUGCUCUUCUACCUCGGCUCUGCCAAAUAUGUUGAUUUCUUGGCUCUGGAGAUGCGUAAAGGAAAAGUGUAUUUCCUUUGGGACGUGGGUUCAGGUGUGGGACGGGUGGAAUAUCCCCAUGUCACCAUCAAUGACGGGAACUGGCACAGAAUCGAAGCUUCUCGUAACGGAUUAAAUGGUACCAUAUUAGUGUACCCUCUAGAAGGUCCCAGGGCCGGUGCGGUGCCAACCCCAAGCAGCGCAAACUCACCCGUAACCUACACCAUCCUGGACGUGGACCAGAACGCUUACCUUUUUGUGGGGGGAAUACUGGGCACGAUUAAGAAAGCAGAUGCUGUGAGGACAACGACGUUCACUGGCUGCAUGGGGGAAACUUUCCUGGACGGUAAACCGGUUGGACUUUGGAACUACAGGGACAGGCAGGGAGACUGUAAAGGAUGCGUUGUCAGCCCCCAGUCAUCAAAUGGUGAAGGGACUGUCCAGCUGGACGGGGAAGGCUACGCCGCAGUGGGACGUCCCACAAGAUGGAACCCGAAUGUUUCCAGUGUUACAUUCAAAUUCCGAACAUUUGCCUCUGACGCACUGCUUAUGUAUCUGGCAACUGAUGAUAUGAAGGACUUUAUGUCCUUGGAGCUCGCAGGGGGCAAGGUGAAGAUGAACUUUGAUCUGGGGUCAGGAGUCGGGAGCGCCAUAUCACCUAACCGUCAAAACGAUGGCCGCUGGAAGUCCCUCACUAUGUCUCGAAACAAGAAGCACGCCACAGUUACCAUCGUGGACAUUGAUAGCAGCGCUGAGGAGAAGAUCGCGGCCACAUCUCUGGGUGCGGCCACCGGGCUGAACCUCAAGGAGAAGCAGAGCAUUUAUUUUGGAGGCCUGCCCACCGUUGGAAACUAUAGGCCAGAGGUCAUGCUGAAGCGCUAUGUAGGCUGCCUUCGGGAGAUUGAAGUAUCGCGAACUCCAUAUAAUCUCCUCAGUAGCUCUGAUUACACCGGGGUUACGAAAGGAUGUAACGUAGAGAACCUGUACAUGGUCAGCUUCUCCAAGCCAGGAUACGUGGAGCUCGGCGGGCUGUCCCUGGCGGUCGGCACUGAGCUCAGCUUGUCGUUCAGCACCCUGGUGGACACCGGCACCCUGCUGUUAGCCGUGGGUGGAGCUCCGCCCCUCAGCCAACAGGUCCGCAACAAAAAUGCCAUCUCCAAGAGGAAACGCAGACAAUCAGGAGAGCCCUUCCUCUCAGUGAUGCUGAACAAAGGCUCCUUGGAGGUGUUGGUGUACACGGGCAGCCACAGUCUGCGUCGUGUCAUCAGACGGCCCGAGCAAGGCAUCCUGAGUGACGGUAGAGAGCACUCGCUGCGCAUCGAGAGAUUACCUGGCAGAUCUUUUGCAGUUCAAGUGGAUGAAGAGGCCAAAAGAGAGGCUCCGCUUCCCAACGACCAGCCAAUCAGCUUGCACCGCGUCUUCCUCGGUGGUAUUCCUGCCGAGUUGGAGCAGACGUCCAAUAGGGCCAACAUUCCAUUCCAAGGAUGUAUAUGGAAUCUAAUGGUCAACUCCGUUGUGUCCGACUUCUCCCAGGCGGUGUCCUUCGACAGCGCUGAAAUCGGCCAGUGUCCCAACCUUGCCCCGCUGCCUCCUCUCCCUUAUCCGACGGAAGAGGCGCAGAAGGAAAAAGAUGCGGCCAAACCUGACCUGGCUGCACCGACCCCUGUGCCUGUCACGUGGCCACCUGUACUUCCCGCUGAGCCCACGGCCCUUGUCUUACCUGCUGCCCCACCCACUGCUACGCUUACUUCUGCUGAAGCCCCGCCCACUGCUGAUACGGACGCGUGCCCCUCGGCUGUGGCCCCCGUGGCCCUUGAGAAGGCCUACCAGUUCGGGCUGAGCAGGAACAGUCACAUGAGCUUCGCCUUCGAUGACGCCAAAGUUAGAGAAAGGUUGAUUUUGGAGUUUGAGCUGAGAACCCAGGAGGAGUCAGGACUGGUCCUCUACAUGGCCAGAAUCAACCACGCUGACUUCGUCUCCAUCCAGAUCAAGGACGGACAGGUGUGCCUGGGUUACGACCUCGGCCACGGCAACACAUCUGGAUGCGUCCCCUUCUCCAUCAAUGAUGGCAGCUGGCAUAAGAUCCGUGUGGUUCGCAGCAAGCAGCGGGCUCUCCUGGUGGUGGACGGGCGAUACAGUAAACAGAUGAUCAGCCCCAAAAAGGCAGACCUGCUGGAUGUGGUGGGCGCGCUGUAUGUCGGCGGUCUCCCGCACAACUACACCACCAAGCGGAUCGGACCGAUUCUUUACAGCAUCAACGGCUGCAUGCGGCACCUGAAGAUGGUCGGUGGUCCGGUCAGCACAAAGGCUGCGGCUACAGGUCGUACCGAGACACACACCGAGGACUUCGAGCUCGACAUGGCGACGCCAACGUCGGGUCACAUGGUCGGAAGAUGCUUCCCUGCCACUGAGGCGGGAACUUAUUUCGACGGAACCGGCUUCUUAAAAGCAGUGUCCAACUACAGAGUGGGUCUGGACGUGUCCAUUGCAUUGGAGUUCCGAACCAGCAGAACUAACGGCGUCCUUUUGGCCAUCAGUAACCAAGGCAACGAUGGACUUGGUAUUGAGAUUGUUCAGGGCCAGCUGCUCUUCCACGUUGACAACGGCGCCGGUCGCAUCACGGCGAUGCACGCGCCCGACGGCGACGGCUUCUGCGACGGUCGGUGGCACGCGGUCGUCGCCGUCAAGGCUCGCCACAGGGUGGAGCUGCUGGUGGAUGGCAAGAUGAGCCAGGCCCAGAGUCCCAACGCGCGGUCCAACACCUGCGACACCAACGACCCCAUCUACGUGGGCGGGUACCCGGACGGCGUUCGUCAGGCAGCUCUGACCGGCCGCACGUCCUUCAGAGGUUGCAUGAGGAACCUGAAGAUCACCAAAGCCUCAAAGGUCAUGGAGGUGCACUUCGACAAGGCUCUGGAAGUCGCAGGAGUGCAACCGCUGUCGUGUCCCGCCGGCGCCGCGUAACAACCGACCUCUUUGAAUA